CACUGCUCCCUCUCUUCCCCCUGUUUCUCUCUCUAGUAAAACAUCAUUCCACCAAAAAAUCCAGAAUUCUUGAAUUUCUUUGCCGGCAAAGGCUUUGAAAAAAUUUGCUUUCUUUUGUCUGAAAAAGAUUGUUUCUUCAGUUCCUUGAUUCUUGCUGUGAAUUACACAACCACAUUCACGACAAUGAAUCGAAGGACACUAACCAUGGAUUUCGACAGCCUAGGAGUGGCUGUCGACGACGACGAUAGUUUCUUCGACUCAAACGAGAGAUUAUCCACAGUCGUCCCCCUGGAUUUGGCCUCCGCAUCAGACGACGACGACGAGUUCUUUGAAGCUAGUCGCAUGUCGUUUGUUUCAGCUGCCUCCAUAAAGCGCAUCUAUUCCAUCGCACCCAUUACAAACAACUCUACCGUAUUGCCAAGCUACGAUAUGUGGAUGGCCGAGCCAGGCGAUCUCAAGGAGCGCCGCAAGCGAUUGUUGCAGGGCAUGGGGUUGAAUAGCAACAAAAACUUUAUGACGCUCGCCAGCUCUAAGGUCGUCCGGGCCAUUUCAAUAAAGCCCCAGCCCCCGCCCCAUCGCCCGCCCCAUCCCCCAUCCCAAUCCAAGACCCAACCCCAACCCCAAUCCCAACCCCAACCCCAGUCUGCGCCUGCUCAAGACUCGGCAGCCAAGCUUGAUCCUUCUCUCACAACCCCAGACAAGGCUUCGCCUGCCAGAGCGAUUGUGCUCGUGAGGUCGAGGUCAGACAGCGACAUUGAAGCUUUUUCGUCGAAACUGAAACAACGUAAAGAAGAACUAAUCGGUCCGAUAUCAAAAAACAAAAUCACUAGAACGUUGUCAGGCCAACUCAUGCCAACGACAUGUAUUGCUGCGCCUCAGUACUAUACAAGUGCUUUUGGACCAUCCUCAACUGGAGAGAAAUAUAAAGCAACAGUGCAAAAUACGGAUGUAUCGUUGUCCGAUGCAGCGUUUGGUUCGUUCUUCUUGAUAAAGAAUUUGGACACUGGAAAGGAUUUUAUUGUAAAAGAGGCCAACGAACAUGGAAUGUGGAAUAAGCUCAAUGAUCUUCAGACAGGGGAGCAGCUUACACUGGAGGAAUUCGAGAAGUCCGUCGGUUAUUCACCUUUCGUAAAGGAGCUGAUGCGCCGACGGGCGUCCACAAAAAUUCGCACCGAAAGCGGGAGACUCAACCCGAACGCGUUACUUACAAAGAGUUUCAGAAACAGCAAAAAAAAGGGGGCUGCGAUUUUGAAGAAUAUCAAGGGAGUAGCGAGUGGAUUAUUGGCUGAUAAAGAACUAGAGAAUUCUUCACAGGUUGAAGAGAAAGCUCCCAAGAACACUUCUCAAUGGAUCGAAGCUCACCAGCAAGGGAAGUCCUACAAAGAAUUUACGGCACUGCACUUGGCUCAGGAAAUUCAAGCUCAUGAGGGCUCAAUAUGGACCAUCAGGUUCAGUUCCGAUGGACGUUUUCUAGCAAGUGCAGGGGAAGACAGGACGAUUCAUGUAUGGGAAAUGCAGGAAUGUGAUCUUAUAAAGCAAGGCGACGAUCCAAGUUCAGCCAGUGGUGCCACACCACCUCAUCCCAUGGCUGGGAAUAUUUCAUCUGAUCGCCCUCCACUUGCUGAGAUAACACCUAUGCCGUCUGAAAUGAAGAGAAAGGGUAAAACAAACGGGGGCAAACCUGAAUAUGUGAGUGUGCCGGAGACAGUACAAGCACUUUCAGAAAAACCAGUAUGCACGUUUACAGGUCAUACAGAUGAAGUCCUGGAUUUGUCCUGGUCCACAUCUCAGCUAUUGCUUUCAUCUUCAAUGGACAAGACAGUAAGGAUGUGGGACAUGGAAACGAAAAGCUGUCUGAAAACGUUUGCACACAAUGACUACGUGACUUGCAUACAGUUCAAUCCAGUAGAUGAGGACUACUUUAUCAGUGGUUCGCUUGAUGCAAAGGUCCGGAUCUGGAACAUACCCAAGCGUAAAGUUGUCGACUGGACGGAUGUUCCUGAAAUGGUUACUGCUGCUAGCUACACUCCUGAUGGCCAGGGUGCUAUAAUUGGUUCUCUUCAAGGGACCUGUCGAUUAUAUAGCAUUGAAGGUAGCAGAUUGGACCAUAAAAUGGACAUCCAGACGAAGAAAAAGUCCCAAGGCAAAAAGUUCCCUACAUUUCAGUCUCCAGGCAAAAAGGAUCCUGGUUUGCAAUCUCAAUCGGGGAAAAUAACAGGUUUUCAGUUUGCCCCCUGGAAUCCGUCAGAAGUUCUAAUUACUGCAACCGAUAACCGACUCGGAAUCUACAAUGGUCCAGACCUCAUCCAAAAAUUCAGAGGCUUUCGCAAUACCGGCAGCCAGAUUGCUGCUACAUUCAGUCCAGACGGAAAACAUGUAAUAAGCGCCAGCGAAGACUCUCAGGUCUAUAUCUGGAAGGUUGAAGAGUUCAAGAAUCCGACAGCUGGGAAGAGAAAAAGUACAGUUACAGUCCAUGCUCAUGAGCACUUCCCCUGUAAAGACGUAUCUGUUGCGAUGGCAUGGCCUGGAAGCAUAAAGUUCGAGGCCCCACUAGUAGAAAUACAGUCCAAACGCACCACGAAACGUUCUAGUGCUUCACAAACGUCAAUUUCCGCUUCACCGGCCCGAGAAGACAAUUCUACUGGUGGAAGCAGCAGGCAAAAUUUGCCCCCUCUUCCCAAGAAAAAGAAUGUGCUGGAAAGAAACACGAGUUCUGGAGAGGAUGAACUCGGGGACUCAGGUCCGACUGAUCCUGGAAUAGGUCCCAGCGACUCGUUUAGCGCGUCUUCUGAUGCCAUCUGUUAUGGCGAUUCGCCCUCCAUUUCUUCUGCUUCCUCUAAGGCCUUGGGAGAAGGUGGAAGUAGCAGUAAUGGUGGCCAAACUGUGCAGGCAACAGCAUGGGGAAUGGUAAUAGUAACAGCAAGCUUGGAGGGUGAGAUCAGAGUGUAUCAGAAUUUUGGUUUGCCACUCAAAGUCAGUCGUCAGGGCCUGUUCUAAGUCUUAUUUCAGGACGCCCCCGCCAGACAAAUACAAACUAUAAAAUUUAGGACAGACGGAGUAUAUAUUAAUUUAGGUAUUCAUACAACCUUUUCAUUGUUUUUCCUUUUUCAUGUUUCUUAAUAGAAGCAAAAUUUUUGAACAAUGUCUAUGUAGUUGGUGGAAAUCUCUGGACAGGAGUCUGAAAAUUUUGCACUAUACAUAUUUCUUUUAUUUUGUGUAAUGUAAGUUAUGAAAGAAUAAAUCAUAAUAGAUGUAGCAUAUGUAAACCUUUAUCAUGGCUGUAUAAAUGUAUUAGAAGAAUA